UGGAGCUAGACGCCAAUAUGGAGCUAGAGGACAUACCGUGGCCAGGAGAGCUCGAGGAGGAGGAGGAGGCGGCGGAGAACUUGGACGAGUACGACGUGGUGAUGGCGGAGGAGAUGGAGGAAGAGGAGGGGCGGAAGCCGGACGCGGAUUUUAACUACGAGAGCCAGCGUCGGGAGAGUACGGACGACGAGGAGGAUGAGGAGGCCAAGGCCUGGCUGCUGGCGCACCCCGGCCGGACUUUGCCUCAGCCGUCGCUCCCGAGGCACCGCUGCUCGGAGGGCGAGCUGACUAGCCUGGGGAAGAGAACAGAAUCUUGGCAUUAUCUUCCUCAAGAAAUGGACUCUUCCCACACCUUGGAUACAACCCAGACCAGGUUUAAUGUGAGAGAGAAAGGGACUGAAGUGACAGACUUCCCCUCUCUGGAGGAAGGUAUAUUGACCCAAUCAGAAAAUCAAGUAAAGGAGUCGAACAGAGAUCUCUUAUGUUCUCCAUUGCUAGUCAUACAAGACAAUUUCGCUUCUCCUGAUUUGCCUUUGCUGACAUGUUUGACAAAAGAUCAAGAGUUUGGGCCUGAUUCCUUGUUUCACCAAAGUGAACUAGAUUUUGCUCCUCUGAGGGGAAUUCCUGGUAAGUCUGAAGACACUGAAUGGUUUUCUCGACCGUCGGAAGUUAGUGAAGCUUUAUUCCAGGCAGCCUCAGAAGUAGCUUCAAACUUAGUUAACAGUUGCUUUAGAGUAUCUCAGCACCCACUUAUAGGUAGUACAGCUAUUGACUCUCAGCGCUCUUUAUUAACUCUUGAACAAGGGACUAAAGAAGAGAUUGUUUCACCUGAUACACUUGAGGAUCUGAAAACCCCCAAAGACUCUGAUAGUUAUGAUGCUCUUUAUUCAUAUAUGUCAUGGAAGACACAAGAAGUUAUACAGGAGCCAGAAACCAAUUUAGCUGAUAAAGAUCAAGUUUCUUUUUCAACUGCAUCUGAUACAAGUGAUGAAUACAUAACUCCUAAAGGAAGUGACAGUUUUGAUGCUUCUUGUUCAUAUGUGCAAUAUGGGAAACAGGAAGCUUUACAACAGUUAGAAAAAUAUUUAACCAGUAAGGACCGUAAUUCUUAUUCAGAUUCAUCUGACACAAUUGAUAAAAAUAAAAUUCAUAAGGAAAGUGACAAUUUUAGUGCCCCUUUUUCAGAUAUGCCAUGGAGCAAACAGGGAGCUUCACACCAUCCAGAAAUAUGUCUAAUCAGUAAGGACUGUGUUUCUUUUCCACAUGAAGUUGCUCCUCGCUUUUAUAGUAAAACGCCACAUUGUUUUUUGCAUUGUUUGUUGGAAAGAGGAGGAAGAGAGGUUCCCUUAACAGCUGAUAGUCAUUAUUUUGAGAGUGUUUAUUUAAGGGCUCCUGCUGAGAAUGAGAUGAAACAAAAGAUGGAUUCUUUGGAGGGUUAUAAAGGAAUUGAAGAAGAUCUGGGGAAAGAAUUAUCUCAAUGUUUUGAACUAAAGGAGAAUAGAAAUACUUUAGUAUUAUCAGAGGUGCAUCCCAGAUCUUCAGAAAUACAAUAUAUUGAGAAUGUUGUAGUUACUGAUAAUUCUGUAGAAGUGUCAGAAGCACAUAUACUCUCCACGGGGCAUGAUACCUCUAAGAUGGAGGUUUUUGGUGGUCCUCUUCAGACUAUUAAAUCCAACUCAGAUGAGACAUCAGAACAGCUGUGUUUUCAAGAAGAAGGAAACCAAAAGCCACCUUCUGCUUUUGGUGGGAAAAAUGUUGAUGCUACUGAAAAUGUAGCCUUUCAGGCAGUUAUUGCCUCUAUUGAACGUUCUGAGAAAGAGAGUACAGUAAAUGAAAUCCAAACUGACAUCAAUAAAUCUUUAACAAAUGACAGCCAAGAAAAUGAACCAAAAAAUCCAGAUCUUUCCCUAUUAAAUUAUGCUGAAAACUUUUUCUUUGAUAAACUUAAUCACCCACACUAUCAAUCUACUCCUGGGGUGUUUGAAUCAGCAGCUUCAAAACCAUUGUUGUAUAAAAAAGAUGAUGGUGAUAGCUCCCUGUACUGGCAUCCUAAUAUAAAAUCACUCCCCAGUGCUCCUCAGGAAAUAUUCAUUAAGCCACUUUCUCUUAGUCCAGAGCUUAAGUCGUCAUCUUCUUUAAGUGAAAAAUCUCUCAGACAGGCUGUUGGUCUUGGCAAGACACAGUCAGCUUUAUUUCAGUAUGAUACAGACAAUGAACCAUUUCUUCCCAUUGGGAAGAUAAAGUCUGUUUCUGCUCUUGACGUUGCAGAGAAGUUAGGAUCUUCAAACAUUAUUUAUCCAAUGAAAGUAUGGACUUCAGAUUCUUUGGUUUUACAAGAUAUAAAGCAGCACACCUUUGAAGAAGUUGCAGAUUCCUCAAACUGUAUUUUGGGUAAGAAUGGAAACUCUAGUAACGUCAUUGAAGGUCCAUCUGCAGCUGUAGGAAGCAGCUUUUCAGCAAACUUGGUGGCAUGUAAUGCAAAGUCACAAGGUGCUUUGCCAGUGAUCAGUGAUGCAUCAUUAAUUGCAGUUGGCCAAGAGACAUUGCUGAAAGCUGAUAUAGACCAAGGUGAAAUUCCUUGGCCUGUGGGAGCCAAGUCCAGUUUUACUGUCUAUACAGUUAUGCAAAAUGACUCCUAUUUUGUAGAGGGCCUGCAGGGGAAGGCUGAAUCUGACAUCUGUACUCUGGAUGAUGAUACUGAAUGCUGUAGCCUAGAUGAAAAUGAUGUUGUAUGCAGGAAAAGAGUUGUUGAACUACAAAGAGAGAUAUGUGACCAAGGUGACUUGACUGGUGAGUGCAUUAAGCUAGCAGGUUUAGAAAAUUUGCUUGAUGAUCUAGAGAUUUGUGACAGCUCCCUGCACUGGCAGUCUACUGUACAGCUACCAUCUAAGGAAGAGAGCAGUUUUGAAGAGCCUGUAUGUCUUUCUAAUAUGGACAUUAAUCAGUCUUUUGCAUCUGUAUUGCCUCCAUCUGUUCCUCAUGAGCCAACUAGAGAGUUGGAGUAUCACUCUUCAGAUCUCAGAAUGUUGAGGGUAUCUCCUGACACUGUGCCAGGGACUUUCAAACAUUCAACAGGGGAUACGUCCAAAGGAGACAUAGCUGAAAUUCCUCAAUCCACCUUGAAACCAGGCAUCACUACCACUCCUGAAGAUUCAGACACUGUAUCUCAUUUAUCCUUGUCCCCUGAGGACUUUUCUCAGUUGGCUGGAAGGUCUCCUCAAGUGAAGAAUAUUGGUCAACAUACUGAUACUCUCAACCAACAGACAUUAGCAGACAGUCGUCUAACUGAAGAGGCUCUAAAAGUUUCAGCUGUUCCUGGGCUAGCUGACCAGAAGACUGAGAUAGCAACAGUGCCCUCUAGUUCCUACUCACAAAGAGGGAAGCCAAAUAUUUUCUACCCACAGGGCUUGCCAGAUGGUUAUCUAACUGAAGAGGCUCUAAAAGUUGCAGCUGUUCCUGGACUUGGUGACCAGAAGACAAGUAUAUCUACAGUCCCUCCAAGUUUCUACUCACUUGGAGAGAAGCACAGUAUUUUCUACCCACAGGCAUUGCCAGACGGUCAUCAAACUGAAGAGGGUCUGAAUGUUUCAGUUCUUCUUGGACUAGCUGAUCUAAAGACUGGAAAACCAACAGUACCGGCUAGUUCCUACUCAGUUGGAGAGGAGCCUGGUAUUUUCUACCAACAGGCCUUGCCAGGCAGUCAUCUACCAGAAGAGGCUCUGAAAGUUUCACCUUCUCCUAGACCAGUUGAUGAAAAGACUGGGUUGCCUACUGCAUCCUCUACCUCUUACUCACAUGGAGAGAAGCCUCAUAUUUUCUAUCAACAGACAUUGCCAGAAAGUCAUCUAACUGAACAGGCGCUGAAAGUUUCAGCUGCUUCUGGACCCCCUGUACAGAAGACUGGGAUUCCCGUAGUAACUUCUACUUCUUACUCACAUAGAGAGAAGCUCAGUAUUUUGUGUCAGCAAGAAUUGCCAGACAGUCAUCUAACUGAACAGGCUCAGAAAGUUUCAGCUGCUCCUGGAUUGGCUGAGCAGAAGACUUGGCUUCCUACUGUACCCUCUAUAUCUUACUCACAUAGAGAGAAGCCCAGUAUUUUCUACCAGCAAGAGUUGCCAGACAGUCAUGUAAUUCAAGAGGUUCAACAAGUUUCAGCUGCUCUUGGAUUGGCUGAGCGGAAGACUGGGAUUCCUACCAUACCCUCUACUUCCUAUUCACAUAGAGAGGAACCUCUUAUUUUCUACCAACAAGAGUUGCCAGACAGUUGUCUAACUGAACAGGCUGAACAAGUUUCAGCUGCUCCUGGAUUGGCUGAGCAGAAGACUGGGAUAUCGACAGUACCCUCUACUUCUUACUCACAUAGAGAAAAGCCCAGUAUUUUGUACCAGCAAGAGUUGCCAGACAGUCAUCUAACUGAAGAAGCUCAGAAAGUUUCACCUGCUCCUGGAACCCCUGAGCAGAAAACUGGGAUUCCUAUAGUAACUUCUACUUCUUACUCACAUAGAGAGAAGCCCAGUAUUUUCUACCAACAGGAUUUGCCAGAUAGUCAUCUAACUAAAAAGGCUCAGAAGGUUCCAGCUCUUCCAGGACUAGCUCUCCAGAAGAGUGGGACACCAAUAGCACCCCCUGCUUUCUACUCACAUAGAGGGAAGACCAGUGUAAUCUAUCAGCAGGAGUUGCCAGACAGUCAUCUAAGUGAUCAGACUCAGAAAAUUUCAGCUAUUCCUGGACUAGUUGACCAGAACACUGGGAUACAGACAGUACCCUCUAGUUCCUACUUGCAGAGGGAGAAGCCCAUUAUUUUUUACUGGCAGGAGCUGCCAGACAGUCUUCUAACUGAAGAGGCUGUAAAAGUUUCAGCUUUUCCUAGAACAGCUGACCAGAACACUGAGAUACCAACAGGGUCGUCUAGGUCCUACUCAUUUGGAGAGAAGCCAGGUGAUUUUUUCUACCAGCAGGUGUUACCAGAUGGUAAUCUAAGUGAAGAGGCUCUGAAAGUUUCACCUGCGUCUAGACCAAGUGACCAGAAGACUGGGAUACUCUCAGUACCUGCUAGUUCCUACUCACAUAGAGAGAAGCCUAGUAUUUUCUACCCACAAGCCUUGCCCGGCAGUCAUCUAUCUGAAGAGGCUCUGAAAGAUUCAGCUAUUUCUGGACUAGCUGAUCAGAAGACUGGGACAUCAGAACCUUCUGGUUCCUACUCACAUAGAGAGAAAUCCAGUGUUUUCUACCAACAGGAGUUGCCAGAUAGUCAUCUAACUGGAGAGGCUCAGAAAGUUUCAGGUGUUACUGGAACAGGUGACCAGAAGACUGGGAUACCUAUAGUAACCUCUGCUUCCUACUUACAUAAAGAGAAGCCCACUAUUUUCUACCAGCAGGCCUUACCAGAUAGAUAUCUUACUGAAGAGGCUCUGAAUGUUUCAACUGCUCCCAGACCAACUGACCAGAAGACUGGGAUACCUGCAGUACCAUCUAGUUCCUAUUCAUAUAGAGAGAAGCCCAUCAUUUCUUACCAGCAAGAGUUGCCAGAUCUUACUCAACUGGCUUUAAAAGUUUUAGAGGUUCCUGGACCAGCUGACCAGAAGAUUGGGAUACCAGCAAUAAUCUCUACUUCUUCCUCAUAUGGAGAGAAGCCCAUCAUUUCUUACCAGCAAGAGUUGCCAGAUCCUAAUGAAGAUGGUUUAAAACGUUUAGAGCUUCCUGGACAAGCAGACCAGACCACUGGGAUGCGAAUUGUGCCCCCUACUUCCUAUUCACAUAGAGAGAGCCCCAUCUUUUCUUACCAGAAGGAGUUGCCAGAUAUUACUGAAGAAACUUUGAAAGUUUCAGCUGUUCCUGGACCAGCUGACCAGAAGAUUGGCAUACAAACAGUCCCCUCUAGUUCCUACUCAUAUAGAGAGAGCCCCAUCUUUUCUUACCAGAAGGAGUUGCCAGAUACUACUGAAGAAACUUUAAAAGUUUUUGCUCUUCCUGGAGCAGCUGACCAGAACGCUGAGAUACCAACAGGGCCUUCUAGUUCUUACUCACAUAAAGAGAAACUCAAGAUUUUACCAGAUGACCAGAAGGCUGAGUUACUGUCAGCUCCCCUUAGUUCCUACUCACAUAGAGAAAAGCCUAAGACUUCAACUGUGAUUGGACCAGACGACCAGAAGACUCCAUUACUGACAGGUUUUCCUAAUUCUUAUUCUCAGAGAGUAAAGCCCAGUAUUUUCUUUCAACAGCAGUUGCCAGAUAGACAUCAAAGUGGAGAUAUUCUGAAGAUUUCACCUGUUUCUGAACCAACUGAUGUGAAUUCUUGGAUACAAAUACCUCUUUCUAGUUCCUCUUCACACAGAGAGAAAUCUAAUAUUUUCUACCCAAAGGAAUUGCCAGACAAACAUCCCACUGAAGAUUCACUGAAGGUUUCAACAGUUCCUGGACCAGCUGACCAAAAAACUGUGUUACCAGCAGUUCCUCCUAGUUCCUUUUCACAUAGAGAGAAACCAGUUCUUUUCUACCAACAGGAUUUGCCAGAAAGACAUCUAACUGAAAAUAACCUGAAGUUCUCAAGUAGUCUUGGGCAAGCUGGUCAGAUUACUGGGUUAUCAACAGUUCCCCCUAGUACUUAUUCACAUAGUGAGAAGCACAAACUUGUUUCAGACCAUGUCCAAAGGCUGAUAGAUAAUUUGGAUUCUUCUAACGCCAGUGUUAUCUCAAACAACAUGCCUUUAAAUUCUCAGGCUGAUGGUAGAAUUGUAAUAAAUAAGCCAGAAUCUUCAGGUUUUGAAGAUGUUGGCUCUAAGGAAAUCCAGGAUACGGAAAACAGUUCCAAAACUCUUAAAGAGAUUCAGACACUUUUAAUGGAAGCAGAAAAUGUAGCACUGAGACGAUGCAAUUUUCCUGUUCCCCUUGUCCCUUUCAGAGAUGUUAGUGAUAUUUCAUUUAUACAAUCUAAGAAGGUGGUUUGCUUCAAAGAACCCCCCACAACUGAUGCAUCUAAUGGUGAUUUGUCUCAGAGACAGCCAUUCACAGAAGAAAGCCCAAGCAGCAAGUGCAUACAGAAGGAUAUUAGCACACAGACGAAUCUGAAAUGCCAGAGAGGCAUUGAAAAUUGGGAGUUUAUUAGUUCAACUACAGUUAGAAGUCCUUUACAGGAAGCAGAAAGCAAAGCCAGAGUGGCAUUAGACGAGACCCUUAGGCAAUAUAAAGCAGCCAGAUCUGUAAUGAGAUCUGACCCUGAAGGGUAUAGUAGAACCAUUGAGAAUAAGAUUGUUAUUCCUAUGAUGACUGUCAUUAAAAGUGAUUCAAGUAGUGAUGCAAGUUCCUGCUCAUGGGACAGUAAUUCCUUGGAGUCAGUUUCUGAUGUGCUUCUAAACUUCUUUCCAUAUUCUUCACCCAAGACAAGCAUGACAGAUAGCAAAGAGGAAGAGAGUGUGUUAGAGAGUGACGAUGGCGGUGGUAGCAGUGUAGAUUCACUGGCUGCACAUGUGAAAAACCUUCUGAAAUGUGAAUCCUCAUUGAACCAUGCUAAACAAAUACUCAGAAAUGCAGAGGAGGAGGAAUCUCGGGUACGGGCACGAGCCUGGAAUCUGAAGUUUAAUAUGGCUCAUGAGUGUGGCUACUCCAUAUCAGAAAUAAAUGAAGAUGACAGGAGAAAAGUAGAAGAGAUCAAAGCAAAGUUGUUUGGUCAUGGGAGAACAACUGACUUGCCCAAGGGUUUACAGAGUCCACAGGGGAUAGAAUGCAAGCCAGAAGCUGUAUGUAGUCACAUUAUUAUUGAGAGCCAUGAAAAAGGAUGUUUCAGGACUCUAACAGCUGAACGGCCACAAUUGGACAGCCACCCUUGUGUUUUCAGAUCUGCUGAACCCUCAGAAAUGAUCAGAGGACAACGGAGCCCAUCAUCAUGGACAACCGGGCACAUCAACCUUGCCAAGUCACUGGACCAGAACAACUCCCAUUUCAAAGUUUGGAAUUCAUUGCAGUUACAAAGUCAUUCCCCAUUUCAAAACUUUAUAGGUGAUGACUUGAAAAUUAGCAAGGGUCUUCGAAUGCCAUUCCGUGAAAAGUUGGACCCUUGGCUAUCAGAAUUAGUAGAACCUGCUUGUAUGCCACCUGAAGAAAUGGAUUGUCAGUCGUCAUCACAAAUGCUGCCCCCAGAACCCAUGAAAAAGUUUACUACCUCCAUCAUUUUCUCAUCUCACCGACAUUCUAAAUGCUUUUCAGAUUCCUCUUUUCUUAAGGUUGGUGUUACUGAAGGUAGCCAGUGUACUGGAGCAUCUGUGGGGCUAGUUAGUUCUCAUAUCACUGAAGAGCAAAAUCCUACUAGAGAUCUAAAAGAGAAAACCUCUUCCCCUUCAUCAUUUAAAAUCAUUAGUCAGUCACCAGAUAAAGCUGUGACUAUUUUAGCAGAAAAUAGUAGGCAAAGCCAAAAAUUAUCUGUUGCAUAUUCUCACCAAGAAGAAAAACCCUUAGAAAGAUCAGAUUUUAAAGGCAGUCAUUCUAAGCCCAGUACCAGUGCAAAUGAUAGCAAUUUCAAGGAAGUUCAUUUUUCUGAUAACGAUACUCUCAUUAACAUGGGCAGACCCAGUUCCACACUAGGAGUAAAAGAGAAGAAUGUAACUAUAACUCCAGAUCUUCCUUCGAACAUUUUUCUUGAACAAGAGCUCUUUGAACAAAGCAAAGCCUCACAUGCAGAUCACCGUGUGAGAAAACACAAUUCUCCCCCUCCUCAACAUCAGGAUUAUGUAGCUGCAAAUCUCCCUUGUCGUGUUUUUCUUGAAAAACGAGAACUCUUUAAACAAAGCAAGACCCAACAUAAAGAUAAUCAGUUGAGAGAAAACCACUCUCCCCUUCCUCAAAGUCAGGAUUAUAUAGCUUCAGACCUUCCUUCUCGCAUUUUUCUUGAACAACGUCAGCUCUUUGAACAAAGCAAAGCCCCAGAUGUAGAUCACCACAUGGGAGAACACCAUUCUUCCUUUCCUCAAGGUCAGGAUUAUAUAGUAGAAAAGAAUAAUGAACAUGAGCCUAAAUUACACAUUUCUGAUAUGAUAAAUGUUGAAGGCAAAUUCAGUGAUGUGGCCUCCCCAUCAGCCCCAAAUCAAUGUACAGUAGUAACAUCUGCAUCUACUCCACCUUCAAAUAGAAAAGCACUUUCUUGUGUUCGUAUAACUCUUUGUCCCAAGACUCCUUCCAAGUUGGAUAGUGGAACCUUAGAUAAAAGAUUUCAUUCAUUGGAUCCUGCCUCUAAAACAAGGAUGAAUAGUGAGUUUAACUCUGACCUACAGACUAUAUCUUCAGAAUCAUUGGAACCAACCUCCAAAUUAUUGACCAGUAAACCUGUAGCACAGGAUCAAGAAUCUUUAGGUUUUCUAGGACCUAAAUCUUCACCGGACUUCCAAGUCGUACAGUCUCCUCUUCCAGAUAGUGAUAUUAUUUCCCAGGACUUGAAAACCAUACCUUUUCAGAAUAACCAGAUAGUAACCUCAAGGCAAACACAAGUGAACAUUUCAGAUUUGGAAGGAUAUUCCAAUCCAGAAGGGACUCCAGUAUCUGCAGUUCGAUCACCAAAGGAGACUAAGACCCCGUUUUCUCCCUUCUCUGGAAAAUUAUCAUCUGAUGCAGUCACUCAGAUAACAACAGAAAGUCCAAGAAAAGCCAUGUUUUCAUCUGAGAUUUUUGUUAAUGCUGAAGAUCGUGGACAUGAUAUUCCAGAGCUCAGUACACGGAAGUUGGGCAAAGUUCCUGUCAAGUUUGCUUCAUCGUCUUCAGUCCAACAGAUUACUGUUCCUCAUGGCGCAGAUGGCCAGCCUUUACUGUUGCCAUAUAAGCCUUCUGGUAGUACGAAGAUGUACUAUGUUCCCCAAUUAAGACAGAUUCCUUCAUCUCUGGAUUCCAAGUCAGACACCACCAUUGAGAGCUCACACUCAGGAUCCAAUGAUGCCAUUGCUCCAGACUUCCCGGCUCAGGUGCUAGGCACAAGGGAUGAUGACCUGGCAGACACUGUUAACAUUAAACAUAAAGAGGGAAUCUACAGUAAGAGGGUGGUAACUAAGGCAUCCUUGUCAAUGGGGAAAAAACCCUUUCAGAAAGAUAAUGCAGAUGCUCAAGUUCAAGUUCUUACCACUGGGGAUGAGGACCUCUCAGACAAAAACCAGAAAAAGGAGAUCUACAGUGAAAGGGCAGUGACCGAGGCUUCUCGAUCUGAAGAAAAAGAAUCCUUGCAGAAAGACAUUACAGGUUCCAGUGCUGCUGCUGCUUCAGAGCAGUCAGCUCAACUACAAGACACGAAGAUUGUUAAUCUACCAGACACUAAAGCCACUAAACAGAAAGAGGAGAUCCACAGUAAGAGGACAGUUCCUAAGGAAGGCUGGCCCGAAGAGAAGAAAUCCUUGCAAAUAGAUAUUGCAGAGUCCAGAUGUCAUUCAGAAUUUGAAAAUACCACCCAUUCUGUCUUCAGGUCAGCUAAGUUUUACUUUCAUCAUCCAGUGCACCUACCAAGUGAUCAAGAUUUUUGCCAUGAAUCCUUAGGAAGAAGAGUUUUCAUGAGUCAUUCUUGGAAAGAUUCCUUUCAGCAUCAUCCAGACAAACAAAGAGAACACACUUGUCUUCCUUCCUCUUAUCAAAAUGUGGCAAAGACAAAGUCAGAUUAUACCACAAUAGAGAGCCUCAGUAUUGAUGUAAACUUGGAAAACAAAGAAGUAAAGCAUACUACUAAAAGUCAGGCUAGAGAUUUUCUAAAAUAUGACAAACAAGUUAAUGACCUAAAAAGGGAUCAUAAGGCCACCCCAGAGUUAACAGCUCAGCACACUGUGAGUUUAAAUGAACUCUGGAACAGGUAUCAGGAGCGACAGAGGCAACAGAAACCUCCUGAGUUCAGUGCCAAGAAGGAACUUUCCUUGGUGGAGCGACUUGAUCAUUUGGCUAAACUUCUUCAGCAUCCCAUCACACAUUUUCUCCAGCCCUCAGAAAGUACACAGGAUGAUAGCAAAGGGAAACAAGAUGUUAAGGAAUGGAGUGGUAGACAGCAACAGCAGAAAAACAAGCUUCAGAAAAAGAAACAGUAUAAAAGCCUGGAGAAAUGCCAUAGAAACACAGGCGAUCUUAAAAAAAACAAGGUUCUUUCUACUCAUCAAACUGGGAGGUCCAAGCAGAUUAAAAUUGAACAGAUUAAAUUUGAUAAAUAUAUUUUGAGAAAACUGCCAGGUUUUCAUUAUAUAAAUAACACUUCUUCAGAUUCUAGACACUCAGAGGAGAGUGAGCUGCUCACAGAUACUGCCACCAACAUCCUUUCCACCACCACUUCUGUGGAAUCAGAUAUAUUGACCCAAACAGAUAAGGAAGUGACUCUGCAUGAGAGGAGCAGCUCUAUUUCCACCAUUGAUACUGCCCGACUGAUCCAUGCUUUUGGUCAUGAAAGAGUUUGUUUGUCACCCAGGCGAAUUAAAUUAUACAGCAGCAUCACCGACCAUCAGAGGAGAUACCUUGAGAAGCGGAGCAAGAAAAACAAGAAACCAUUGAAUACAGGUUAUCCCCAAAUUACUUCAGAACACACCAGAAGGAAACACGUCCAGGUGACAGACCAUAUUUCUUCUGACUCUGUUUCGUCUUCUACCAGCAGUUUCUGGAGCUCGAGCUCUACCCUUUGCAACAAGCAAAAUGUACAUAUGUUAAAUAAGGGCAUACAAGCAGGUACGUUGGAGAUUGUGAAUGGUGUCAGAAAACACACUCGAGAUGUUGGAAUGACUUUCCCAACUCCAAGUUCUAGCGAGGCUAGAGUAGAAGAGGACAGUGAUGUGACUUCUUGGUCAGAAGAAAAGAUAGAAGAGAAAAGGCUCCUUACCAGUUAUCCUGGGGACAGAAAGUUAAGGAAGAAUAAGCAGAGCUGCUGGGAAGGAGUUUCAUGGUUUGUUCCUGUGGAAAAUGUGAAGUCUGGUCCUAAGAAGGAAAACCUGCCCAAGUUUCAUGGCCCUGGUGUCUCCUGGUUUGCACCAGUAACCAACACCACACCUUGGAGGGAGCCACUACAGGAACAGAACUGGCAAGGACAGCACGUGGACAGCCACAGUUCACUAGCAGGCCCAGGCAGAGAUCCACUGAAGCCAUUUGUGAGAGCAACCCUACAGGAAUCACUGCAACUUCACAGACCUGACUUCAUCUCCCGCUCUGGGGAACGGAUAAAGCGCCUGAAGUUAGUAGUCCAGGAGAGGAAGCUGCAGAACAUGUUACAGAGUGAACGGGAGGCACUGUUCAACACUGUGCGAGAAUGGCAGGGCCACCGGGACGCCAUGCACCUGCUCCCUAAGAGAGGCUUCCUGGCUGCCCAAAAGAAAAGGCCUGUUGGAAAGAAGGAAAUGAUUCAGCGGUCUAAAUGGAGUAUAAAGGUGUCGAAAGUCCAAAAACUUUGAGAAUUAUUGCUUCAUUCUGAAUGUCACAAAAUUUAAUUAAUGGAAAUUACAUAGUGUUCGUUGUGUGGCAGCUAAUAACACUCUCACCUCAGCAAGAGGAGUCCUUGCUAUAUGGGACUAUGAAGCUUACCUGCAAGAAGGUAGGGCAUCUUCUGAAAGGUAUCUGUGCUUUAAAAUAUAAGUAUAGUUGUAGGGGUGGAUUAAGUACCCAUCUUCUAGGAAGAGACAGGUUUUAAAUUGACACAUUUUCAUUAGAGUACUUCUGUUCCAUUUUAUUUCUGAUAUGGCCCCCUUUCAAAGAAGCCAUCUACUUCCAUGUGAGAAUCAUAGAGUUGAAUGGGAUCUUAAAGGUCAUCUAGUCUACCUUUAACUUUUAGGAAACUGUAACCCAGAGAGAGGUUGCCAGCAAGUCAGGGCCAGAGCUGGGGUUAGAGUCCGGCAGCAGGCUCCCCACCUAGCACUCCUUCAGGUGUAUCAUGUGGCGGACUUGGAGCUCUGGAGCUCUGUGUUACUCAUCAUCUUUUCCCAUCACCUACCUCUACCAAAGAUGUUUAAACGUUUCUGAUAAGAAAAGAUUUGGAGAAGAGAGAACCUGACUCUCUUAACUUGAAGCAUUUCUUCCAAUGUGUCCUUUAAGAGAAGUGUUUUCACUAACUUAUUAAUGCAUAUAUUUGGGUAUGCUCCAGGCACUGGACUAGGUACUACAAAUGAAAGAUAGUUGACUCCAGACCAUGAGCAGACAGACAGUUCCAAUAGUAUGUAGUAAUUGCUUUCAAGGAUCCAUUCACAAAAUGCAAUUUCUGGCUACUCUGAUUAGCCCGACUCCCAGCUUUCCAGCCCUAGAAUACAACCUUUACUGGCCCAAGCAGAUUUUCUCUUCACAUCACAUGUUCUCCUUGGGAUAACUCGUCUUUUUCCCUUCUGUAACCGUGACUUUUUUUCCAGCUUUACUGUGAUAUAAUUGACAUUUAACAUUGUUUAAGUUUAAGCUAUGUAAUGUGAUGAUUUGACAUACAUUUGUAUUGCAAAAUGUUUACCACAAUAAAGUUAGUUAACACAUCCUUCACCUCACAUAAUUACCAUUUUAUUUUUCUUGUUGUUGUUUUAGUGAGAACAUUAAAGUUCUACUGUCAUAGCAACUUUCAAGUAUACAAUGCAGUGUUGUUAACUGCAGUCACUGUGCUGCAUAUUUGCUCCCCAGAACUUAUUCAUCAUAAAACUGAAAGUUUAUACUCUUUGACCAGCAUCUCUCCAUUCCCCCAUCCCUCAGCUCCUGGCAACCACCAUUCUGUUCUCUGUUUCUAUGAGUUUGAUGUUUUUAGAUUCCACAUAUUAGUGAGAUCAUACAGUUUUGUCUUUCUCUGUCUGACUUAUUUCAUUUAGCACAUUGCCUUCACGGUCCGUACAUGUUGUUGCAAAUGGCAGGAUUUUUUUCCUUUUUUAUGGCUAUUCCAUUAUAUGUAUAUAUAUAUCACAUUUUCCAUUAUAUGUAUUCCAUUAUAUGUAUGUUCCAUUAUACGUAGAUAUAUAUAUCACAUUUUCUUUAUCCAUUCAUCCGUCGAUGGACACGUACGUUGUUUCCACGUCUUCACUAUUGUAAAUAGUGCUGCAAUGAACAUGGGGGUGCAGAUAUCUUUUUGAGAUCAUGAUUUCAUCUCCUUCAGAUAUGUACCCACAAGUGGCAUUGCUGGAUCAUACGGCAGUUCUAUUUUUAAUGUUUUGAGGAACCUCCACACUGUUUUCCAUAGUGGCUGCACCAGUUUACAUUCCCACCAACGGAGCACAUUCUCACCUCCUCACCAGCAUUUGUUAUCUCUUAUUUUUUUGAUAAUAGCCAUUCUAACAGAUGUGAUGUACUAUCUCAUUGUGGUUUUCAUCAACAGUGACUUUUAAAAAUAUGUUCUUCUUUGGUGUCUCUCCUGACCUCCACUUUUGUGUUUUCAUUUAGUGAUUAUCCUCACUGUGUCCAAAGUGGAACUGCCCAUUUUCCUCUCCCACACUUACUUGGGCCACCCACUCACCCACUAGAAAAGCUGGGGAGCUAUUGCCUCCAGCUCCGUGACCCCGCACUGUUCGUGCAGCCGGCUAGUGCGUCCUGGAGACUCGCCUUCAUGAUUGCCCUGGAACCCAUUCUCCUCACUGCCUUGAUGCGGGCUUAGCCUCCUCUCUUGGAGGACUGCUCUUCUCCCCCUUCUGCUCUUUAUCUUCUCUAAUCUCUUUUCCACAGAGCCGCUGCAUCAUUAUCAAUGAUUUUCUUUUCAGGUUAUAGAAAACUUUGGAAAAUAUAGAAAAAAUUAGAAAGAAGAAAAUAAAUGUCACUCAUAAUUCUUCCAUCUAAACAUAACUAACACUAGUCCUGUUUCUAUGGGGAUUUUGCAGAGACCUGUGUUAACACACUUCUUUCUCCCCAGAUUGUUUAUCAUACUAUAUAUACAGGUUUGUAGCCUGCUUUAUUUUGCUUAACAUUGUAUUGUGAACGUUUUCCCAUAGCAUAAAAACUAUUUGAAACAUUUUAUGCUUUGUAAUAAUUUUAUUAUAGCCCAUAAUUUGUUUAACUGUUCUUUUGUUGGAGAUUUACAUUAUUUCCAGUUAGAGUGUAUUUAUCAAGUGAAUGUUUGAUCAUGUUCCUCCCUACUUAAAAUCAGUGGCAUCCAGUCCCUGAUAGGACAGAGCCCAAGGUUUUCACACGGCUACGAGACCUUCACCCCAUCUGCUUCCCUCCUGUUCCCCUACACUCUCUCCAUGAAGCCUUGACUCCAUUCUUACCAAACACUCCCUUCUCCCCACCUCCCCUUUCUGCUCCUAACUAUUCUUCAAGACCUACCUCAAGCUUAGUCUCCUCUCUGGUCUUCCUUGACCUCCUUCAAUCAGAAUAAGUUUUGUUUCUUUUCCUAUGUAGCAUUUUGUAGAUAUGACGAUUAUUGUAUUUUCUUUUGCAUUAUUUUUCAUGCUUAAAAAUAUGGUAGUAAUACAAAAUCAUUAUCUUAUAUUGAAACCAUACAUUUUUCCAUAUAGAGUGAAAAGAAGUUCAUCUCCACCCCUUAUUCCACUUCUUUCCCAUAAGUAACCACUAUUAGCAGGAUUUUAUUAUAUUUUUAUCUGUAUCCCUUUUCAGAUCAUGAGCACUCCAGGCCAGGGUUCUUUGUGUCCAAGUGUCUAACAGGAAGCUGGACACACAACAGGCCCACAGCCUGUCUGAGGGACUGAGUGCCUGGAGAGCAGUAGAGCUUAGGGAGAUGUGGGGAGGAGUGAUCGUGUGCCUCUGUGGUCAGGUGGCCUCACUGCUUUCUGUCUUUCCAUCGGUGCCAUUUCUAAGGAUUUAUGAACAGCUUCCAGAAGUACAGAAAAAGAGAGAAGAGGAGAAGAGGAGAUUGGAAUAUAAGUCGUACCGGCUGCGAGCCCAGCUAUAUAAAAAG